GAUGAGUGAUGCCUCAGCGUGCAGCAUCUUUUAAGCUCAAUGCUUGGCUCGCGAUUUCUAGCGGAAGCCAGGCUCAGACUGUUACACGACCUGAAUACAUUUGUGUCGUGACGGAACUGUGAUCAGCUUUUGCAAAAAUGUUUGCGUCUGUGUUAAAUAUAUCAAUGUCUGCAAGGUUAAUGAAGUUAUAUGAAGUCGACAAAGGCGACAGACGCAGGUUGAGAGAUGAAAGCCGAGACUCAGAGUUUCAAUCUUACUAUGAAACAAUGAGUGAGAGCCUUUUUUGAAGCAAACAAAUGGCGUCUCUUUCUCAGGAAACGGUUAGGGAAGUCGUAAAGACCUGAGGACAAGCCGCAGCACAUUCAAUAAGCAGGCGAGAGCAAUUGAGUUUAAUAUCAUUCAGAGCACAUGUCCGAUACUCUCCUCACAACUUUCAAUCUGAUUUGUCUCUCUUACUUCCUGCUGCUGUCAGUCCAGUGCUGCAUUCCCAUUUAGAAUGCUCGCCCCUCCCAACCCUCGUCCCAAGAAGAAAUGCAUUCCCUGGUAGACGCUCAGACACUUUCAAUAAAACUGUGGGGAAGCGCUGGGAGUGCUCCGGCCGCAGGCAGGCUGGGCACCGAGUUUCCAGCUUGCUGAUUCAGCUGUGAACAAGAAAAGACAGGGGCAGCCUCUGUUUGUGCGUGUGUGGGUCUAAGCGUGUGAGCAUCAGACUGUCCCUGCAGACGCUCCAGCGCUGGUCAUCAAUGGAACUGUCAAAUGAUCCCAGGCUGAGAGUGCAAGAGGAGGCUCCCCCUGCGCCGCUGACCCACCCUUCCCAAGCCAAGAGCAGCAGUCACAACGCUGCCCAGCAGCAGCGCUACUCUGCGUCCGUCUUUCUCCGGCAGAAAGACAAGCUUGAGCAGACUCAGCAGAAAUGCAUUGCUAUUUUCGCUCUGGUCUGCUGCUUUGCGAUCCUGGUGGCGCUGACCUGCUCAUCGGUGAAUAUCUGGGGGAGCGAUGAGGACGGCAUCACCGAGGAAAACUGCAGCAGGGACUGCCAGGGCGUAGUUGUGGAGAAUGUGCCUGAAGAGCUUUCUCUGCUGGUGAAUAGGAACCAUGUCCCUCUGAUGGCAGGCUUCCACAUGCUGCUGGAUCAAGCCAGGUACUCCGUUGAGGUGGUCUCACCCGUCUGGAACUUAAAUUCCUGGGACCAGAUGUCCAGCGCUGCCAAGCAGGGUCAGAGCUUGUUCCAGCGUCUGCUCGGCCUCAAAUCUCGAGGGGUGCGGCUUAAGAUCACCAGCGGUUUGACAAACUCGGCUGAACUGAAGACCUUGGCUGCACACAAUGCAGAGGUUCAUUUUGUUAAUAUGACCGCGUUCACCAGAGGAGGACUACACUCUUCAUUUUGGGUCGUCGAUCGGACGCACAUUUACGUCGGCAGCGCAGAUAUGGACUGGAGGUCAUUCUCUAAGAGAAAAGAAUUGGGUGUGAUGAUGUUCAACUGCAGCUGCCUGGCCCUGGACCUCCACCGCAUCUUCUCCUUUUACUGGCAGCUGCAUGAACGGGACUACAUCCCCAACAUCUGGUCGAAGAGAGUCACCGCCCUCUACGGAGCGCACAACAGCCUGGAGCUGCAAAUCAAUGACGCAGAGGCCUCGGCUUAUGUAUCUACCUCUCCUGAGCUCUUCUGUGCCAAAGAUCGAACAAGAGACGUCGAUGCCAUCUACGAUGUCAUUCAGAGAGCCAACACAUUCGUCUACAUAUCUGUGACCGACUACCUCCCUCUCCUGAGCCAGCGUUCCAGAGGAAACCUCGUCACCAGGUACUGGUCACCCCUCGAUGAGGCGAUCAGGGAGGCAGUGGUUCUGAGAGGGGUCAGAGUUCGGCUGCUGAUAAGCUUCUGGGAGAAAACUCACCCCCUCACCUUCAACUUCGUGGCCUCGCUCAAGUCUCUAUGCAUGCAUCUGCAGAACUGUUCGGUGGAGGUGAGAUUCUUCUGGCACAAGGAGCAGACUGAGGACGACCAUUACAGCCCCAACCACAACAAAUACGUGGUGACCGACAACGCUCUGUAUGUUGGGAACCACGACUGGGUUGGGAGCAACUUUGCCGUCAACGCAGGAGUUGGACUCGUAAUCAAGAUGGAAAACCAUUUCAGAGCUCAGCUCCGAGAACAAGUCAAAGCUGCUUUCGAAAGAGACUGGUUAUCCAGAUAUGCGAAGAGUUUACACAGUGGAAAAGAGCUGCACGACAAACAUCAAACUUCGAAACUCGAUAUGGGCCCCGAUGAAGAAAAGUGGAACGACCUUUAACCUCUAUAAGCACAGAUUGUAUAUCUUUUAUAUCUUACAGCCUUAUGAGUCUAUGAAUAUGCAAGAUUUGCACAAUAUUAGAAUGUAUUUAUACACUGUAGCACUACAUGGAUGUUUUGCCUGAUGGUUAGCUAAUAUAUAACAGUUAAUCUGAAAUAUAUGUACGCAUGAUCUUAUACAAGCACGUUGACUGAAGACAGGCCAAUGGAAAUUAUACCGUGACAAUUUGACUUGAACUCGGUUUUAUGUUCAUAUAGUUGAU